UUCCGCAUCAAUCACCAAACAUGUUGGCAAGUCGUGGCUGCAAGACCGCCUUGAGCACCAUGGCGUACGGCCGACUAUCUCUAAGUCCAAGGCCAUCUUCGCUUUUAACCUCACACCUCAGGUUCAACCACCAAGGCUUCCGGCACCCCACACGAUGGGCUUGUAGCAAGGCGAAGCCCACCUUGGCACCAGCCGGCACCACAUCGCGCCAGACGCCUACAUCAUCAUGUCAUAGCGAGAAGCCUGCGAGGCCGUUGGUGCCGCCAAUGUCUGAGCUGUCAUUCUGGACUCUGCGGUCGGCAUGGAGACGGGCUUCGGUCAACACCCUACGAUGUCUUGUUGGCUGCACCGUGGGCGACUUUUCCGCCAUGUGGACGCUUCAGACGGUCUAUCCAGAGCUGGGAAUGGGCACCAUCAUGGCAGCAUCCAUGGCUGCCGGCAUAGCAUCAUCCAUGACGCUCGAGACAGUGCUUCUGCGCAUGGGACGCGAUGGGCUCACAUGGCCAAACGCCUUCAAGACCGCGGCCGGCAUGAGCUUCAUCUCCAUGCUCACCAUGGAAGCAGCCGAGAAUGCCGUCGACUACUACCUGACUGGCGGCGUUGUCGCGUUCGGCGAUCCGAGCUUCUGGCUGGCAUCGGUGGCAGCUAUAGCGGCCGGCUUCCUGGCGCCACUGCCCUACAACUACUUCAGGCUCAGGAAGUACAGCAAAGCAUGCCACUGAAAAGCUAGCACUGGAGGGUUCUGGGCUUUAUAGCUAU